CUAAAAUUACUCGGUCAUGCCGCAAGCCGACGCCAAUGCGAGGAGCAUCCACCACUUGCGCAACCCUGGCGCGACGCUCUACAAGACAACCACCGUGCGCCAUCUUGGCCGCGUCGAGGCGAAACCCAACGCGGCUCCCAUUGCCGACAAUGCUGUCGUGGAGGCGUUUGGCGCGGACAAGUGUCCCAAGCUGGUCCAGCUACUCAAGGAAGACGACGAAAGCACGCUUCUACACGCGCUUCGCUGCGUGGCGGGCGUGCUCAAGAUGCCCACGGACGUUGUCAACAGCAGCCGCGACGAACAGCACGUGCUCGAGCCGCUCGGGAACCUCGUGUUCCACAACAACGCCGAGAUCCGCCGCACGGCGGCCAUCGCUUUGCGCGUCUUUGCAUCCCAUGCUGUCGGGCGCACCGAGCUUGUCCGGUACCGAACGAUGCGCAAGAUCCUCAAGGCCUUUGGUCGCAACGACAACGAGCUCAUGGAGCCGCUCUUUGACACAGCACUGCACGUGAGCUCGACCAUGGCGGGCGUCCGCGAGAUGAGCCAGCACGGGUACCCUGCGGUGGUUCUGGAGAAGCUCAAGCGCGAUACGUCCGACAGCAUCCGCGUGCGCGCGCUGAAGCUCCUCAAGGCCUUUGUGAACGACGGCAUUCCCAGCACGGUCUUGUCCAUCGUCGAGCUCGGCGGCGUCGACAUCGCCGCCAAGUUUAUCUCCUCGAAGCACAAAGAUGUGCGCACGGCGGCGCUUCAAACCACGGGCGCGAUGCUCUACUUGGAGCAAGGACGCGAGAGCGCGAUGCUCACCGGCGUCGCCAAGAAGCUCUGCGGCGUCCUCCAAGACCGAGACUCGACCGUGAGCGUUGCCGCUGCGGGUGCGCUCAUGGUCCUCGCGGUCCACGACAGCGCCAAGCGCGAGAUUUACGAGCUCGGGGCCCACACGGGCUUCCUCGCGCUCCUGCACCGCCCCGAGUACGGCGUCCAGCUCAAUACGCUCAAGCUCGUGACGGUUCUUGCCGCGCACCCGCUCGCGCGCGACGCGAUGCGCACCAAGCAAAUGGAAAAGACGAUGCGCGAUAUGACCGAAGACGCGAACGAGCUUCUCGCGCGCUCGGCCAAGCUCGCGCUGCGUGCCGUGCUCUGGACGCCGUAA